GAACGUAUACAACUCCCCCCACAGGAAGCUGGAGCCAUGGCUUUUCUCCUUCGGCCUUUGAUGGACUGAUCUAAGCUGGACCCACACGACUCAGCCAACCCGCCCCUGCCCGCAGCGGGGGCUCCCUUCUCCCCAUCGCCCUCUCCAGCUAUGGCAGGCUUUAAGCGGGGCUACGACGGCAAGAUCGCUGGCCUGUACGACCUGGACAAGACGCUCGGCCGCGGCCACUUCGCCGUGGUCAAGCUGGCGCGCCACGUCUUCACCGGGGAGAAAGUGGCGGUGAAGGUUAUAGACAAGACGAAGCUGGACACCGUGGCCACCGGCCACCUUUUCCAGGAAGUCCGCUGCAUGAAGCUGGUCCAGCACCCCAACAUUGUACGCCUGUAUGAAGUGAUAGAUACCCAGACCAAGCUUUACCUCAUCUUGGAGCUAGGUGAUGGAGGGGAUAUGUUCGACUACAUCAUGAAACACGAGGAAGGCCUGAAUGAAGAGCUGGCUAAGAAAUAUUUUGCCCAGAUUGUCCACGCCAUCUCCUACUGCCAUCGGCUGCAUGUGGUGCACAGGGACCUGAAGCCAGAGAAUGUGGUGUUCUUCGAGAAACAAGGGCUGGUGAAGCUCACUGACUUUGGAUUCAGUAACAAGUUUCAGCCAGGGAAAAAGCUGACAACCAGUUGUGGAUCUCUGGCAUACUCUGCGCCGGAAAUACUGCUGGGUGAUGAGUACGAUGCUCCAGCCGUAGAUAUCUGGAGUCUCGGUGUGAUUCUCUUCAUGUUGGUAUGCGGCCAGCCGCCCUUCCAGGAGGCUAACGACAGCGAGACCCUCACCAUGAUCAUGGACUGUAAAUACACUGUACCGGCCCACGUCUCCGGCGCCUGCAAAGAUCUGAUAGACCGCAUGCUUCAGAGGGAUCCCAAGCGACGCGCUUCCCUCGAGGAGAUUGAGAGCCAUGCCUGGCUGCAAGGUGUGGACCCAUCCCCGGCCACCAAGUACAACACUCCCCUGGUCUCCCACAAGAACCUGUCAGAGGAGGAACACAACAGCAUCAUCCAGCGUAUGGUGCUGGGAGACAUCGCAGACCGAGAGGCAAUAGUCGAAGCCCUGGAGACCAACAAAUACAACCACAUUACAGCCACGUACUACCUGCUGGCAGAGAGGAUCCUGAGGGAGAAGCAGGAGAAGGAGGUCCAGACCCGCUCCUCCAGUCCCAGCAACAUCAAGGCACAGUUCAGGCAGUCCUGGCCCACCAGAGUUGACAUGCACCAGGACAUCGAGGACAGCCUGGCAGCCUCCUCCAUCUCCCACGCCGGAGGACCUCAGUCUCCGGCCCGUAGCGCUGAGAACCUUCUUAACGGACACCGCUCCAAAGGUUUGAUGGAGCUGGGCCGACGAGAGGAAACAGUGACCGACUCUGCAGGGCCGCCAGCACAGGGAGCCUGUGCUGCCACACCGGCUCCUGGUUCUGGUUCUGGAAGCAUCAGAGCCCCCACACCAUCCCCCACAGCAGCAGCCAAGCAGAGAACCUGCCUGUUCAGGGUGGAGGAGGAUGAAGAGGAGGAGGAAGAGCAGGAUCCGUCUCCCCUCCCGACCCAGGUGAUCCUACGCCGCAAGCCCCCCUCCAUCACCAACCGCCUCACCUCCAGGAAGAGCGCCCCGGUGCUCAACCAGAUCUUUGAGGAGGAGGGCGAGUCGGACGACGACUUCGAUAUGGACGAGGGCCUGCCGCCCAAACUCAGCCGCCUCAAGAUGAACAUAGCCGGUAACGCCGGCAGCAUGAGCUCGGGGGCUGGCUCCUCCUCGUCCCCGGGGGCCACGCAGAAGCGCUACCACCGACGCAAGAGCCAGGGUAGGGGGUCAUCGUGUUCGAGCUCCGAGACGAGCGACGACGACUCGGAGAGCCACCGGAGGCGUCUGGAUAAAGACUCAGGCUUCGGUUACGGCUGGAACAGAAGGGACAGCAGCGAGGGGCCGCCCGGCAGCUCGGGGGGCAAUGGGGGAGGCAGCAGCUCGGGUCAGAGCAAACCUCCCGGAGAGGGAGGGGGAACCUCUGGUCCUGACAGGGGGAGUCCACCUGGAGGGGGUGGGAAUGGAGGAGGCGGUGGUGGUGACGGUGGUGGAGGGGGCAGUGGAGGAGGCGGAGGGGGCAACAAAGGACAGGACAGCCCCUCCAGUUGUUGUAACAACAGUAGCACUACUAACCCCUCCCUCAGCGCGCUGCCCCGCUCGUCCCGCACGGCCAGCCGCAGCACCGAGCUGGUGGAGAGCCUGAAGCUGAUGAGUUUGUGCCUCAGCUCCCAGCUGCAGCACCACCGCGGCGGGCGGGGGGGUCGAGGUGGAGGUGGAGGAGGAGGGGGGAAGUUCAUCAUAGACCCUCGCAGCCUCUCAGGAGGGAGCGUGAAAAUCCAGGAGAAAUCAGCCUGGAGGAUGUGCAUCGGCUCCACCGGGAGCCUGGACACCAUCACCCUCCCCACCACCAACGCCACCACCACCACUCUGCCUCGCACACAUGCCGCGCAGCAGCACCAGCACCACCACCACCACCACCACCAUCACCAUCACCACCGUAAAACAGCGCCGCAUGGCCCGGGGUCGGGCGGCGGGGACGCUCACAGCAACCUGAGCACUUUGAAAAACGGCAUGCUUCAACUACCUCUGUGUGAGAAGACCAUCUCCGUCAACAUCCAGCGGGGCGGGGGCUCCAGGGAUGGCCUGCUCUGUACCUCAGCUCCGGCCAGCUGCUGCCAGGUCAUCUGAAGCCCCCCGCCCCAUGACACCCCCUGCGGACCAUCAGCCCUCACCACCGCCACCACAACCAGCUGAAGACCAAGCUUCUCCCUCCACGUUCACCUCUCCACCUGCUGCUCAUCACUCCUCCUCCGCGUAACGCCGUCUUGUGUUUAGCUGUAGCAGAAAGCUGACCUCACAUCAGCUCAGCAUGGACGCCGUGCAUCCUGCUGCUCCGAGCGCCGCGUGACUCCGUACGCCUCAUUUGUUCCGUUCAUACGUCUGCGCGUUGUUUUUUGUUCAGCUGCACUUCACGUUAGUCAACUAACACCGUUUACAACAACAUGAUGCUGUGUGACGCUAACUGGACAUAGAAUAGAAACACUGUGGGAGAAGUUCACUUUCUUUUAGCUGCAACAGAGUGUGUGUGUGUGUGUGUGUGUCCCAAAUAUUUUGAGAAAAAUGUUUCAAUGUUGAGCUUAAAGUCAGAGUACAAACCUGUUGUCUUUGCAUUCAGCUUCGGUUAAAAAUUUCACAGUUUCUCCAAAAAAGUUUCAUAUUUUCUAAAAGUUCAAACUAAAGUUAGUUUGUUGUGAUUUUGUGAGGAAACACAUUUCAAGAACAAAGUCUUAAAAAAUGAGAUUACAGAUGAGAAAUCUACAUUUUCCUUCUCUGAACGUCGUGACUUUAACUUUUUUAUGACUUCAAUCAUCAGUUGUUAAUGGAUUCGUUGUUGAAAUACGUCUUUCUAGACUUUUUUUAUAAACUUGACUGGAUUCUUACAACUUUAUCCUCAACACACUCAACGUUUUCUCAAAAUAUGUCAAAUAUUUUUACCGUUGAUGUCAGUUUGUGUACUGUCGUAGUUGGCAGCAGGUGGUUGGAGUGGUGGACUGUAGCGCUGGGGGAGGUGGAGGAGGAGGAGGAGGGAGGUGAAGCAUCUCCAUGUCAAUCCAGACAAACAUCCUUCCUUCACCUCCGCCCUCUGCUCCCCUCUGAGCGAGUGAAUCCACGCACGUAUUCUGACUCCAUAUUUAUGUUUUUAGCGUUUUUUAAAAAAUAUUACGUCUUGUCCAUUAAAUUCAGCUCCGUGCACUCGCCAGCUGCAACGUUAUCUGUCAGAAACCCCUUUAAAUUUUCGGACGAGCGUCUCUCUGCAGAGGCGACACAGUUUUGAGCUGUGCGCCCGGACGGGAAGAGAAAACCCUGGUGGUCGGUUGCAGCGUGUGCACUCCACUGUGGCAGCAAAUGGGUGGCAACACUGAUACUGUAGCGGAAAAUGCUAAUCACCAACACGUUUGGAAAUGUUACUGCUGAGCGUCUAUUUAAAAUGAGGUAUUCUUGUUUUUGAAUUCAUAUUUUUAAUGUUUUUGCUGGUAGAGAACGUCAGUCACGUCUUGUCUUGUGUGUGGAAACACAAACACUACCAACACCCGAGUAAUCUGUUCUGUUUUUGACCUCUGCUGGUUUUUCUUGUAGUCCCACCUGCACCCACACGUCACCCAAAGCUUUACUGCAUGUGGGUGCAGCGUGUCGACUCGUGUAUCGAGUGUGUAUAUAUACAGUAUGUUCAAAAGUAAAGUUUAUUUUUAAAACUUGUCCUUUUUUUUUUUUUUAAAUAUCUGCUGUUUGAAAAUGUUCGACGGGGGCGACCUGUGUGUCGCCUCAUCAGUCAGACGGAGUGUGUGUGUGUGUGUGUGUGUGUGUGUACCAGGUAAAUCAGUAGGACCUCACUUGGAGAAAAAGUCGUGACUUCCAGCUUUUAAAGGAGCUGGCCAAGAGACGAACAAAUGAAAGACAGGAAAGGGGGAAACGGGGAAAUUCUUUAAGGGCAUUGGCAAUAAGCUAUACCGUGUGUUGCAGCUAUCUGUACAGAAACAUUUUCAUUAGUUUCAUUUUUAAAUUCCAAACCUACAAAUGGCCACAUUGGACUGAAAAGAGAGAGACAAAAAAAAGGAAAGCUAUGUUUGAAAUAUUUUUAGUUCUUUUAUUUUUUGGUAGUUGUCUUGAGUUUUCUUUUAAAAAACCAAAUGUAAAUAGAGAUGUAAAUAUGGUGCUCUUUAUCUAGAACAGCCGAGUGAACCCUUUGGUGCAUAGCUGUACAGUAAUCUAGCCUUAUGAUAAUAGUAAUACUGUAUGGGUGUCUCAGCUAAAAAUAAAGCCGUGUGAGGAAAAAAUGACACGAUUCUAUUCAUACUGUCAGGUCUCUUUGACUGUUGUCUUACUCAGCUGUAUCCAGGUGAAUGACGUGCAUGUGUUUCAAUGUUUGACAUUCAGUGACACAGACGAGAGAGAAUCAGCCACAGAAAUGUUAUUGGACCAAAAAAAGAAAAAAGAAAAAAACAACAGAAGAAAAAGAAACAGGAAGAAAAGAAAAAAGAUGGAACUGACAGAAAUAUUCAGUGUAUUAUUCUGUAGUUGAUACCUGUUGUCAGAAGUUACAUAUAGCUAUGGUAAUAUCCAAAAAUAAAAUGUGGAAUACUGUC